AUGAGGAAACUUUUUCCUCGAGAAGCUCUUCUGCCCCCACCACCUCCAGAGCACGAUGUUGCAUCUGUCAAGCUAGCCAAGCUACUUGGUUUUCAAGACUCUAUUCCUCAAUCAAGAGGAAAGGGAAUAUCUAUUGGCUCAGGGCACAUAGGUGAUGAAGACUCUCAACAAACCAUUUUUGAGCUCAUACAAGAGAUCGUACUUUUGAAGCAGAUCUCAGACCUUCAGGCCAGUCUUGGCGGGUUGACAUCUCUUUAUUUUGAUCUCAAAGACAAAUUAAUUGGAAAAUUUGGUGAUGAGUUCAAGACUUCAGGUUCUGAUGACGGAAGAGCUUCAGACUCAUCUGAAAGAUUCGUGGUUUCUCCUAUCCCAGAUGCUAACAUUGAAUAA